AAAGCGGCCGCGGGGCACAUUAAGAGGCCAAUGAACGCCUUCAUGGUGUGGUCCAAGAUCGAGCGGCGGAAAAUCAUGGCGCAGGCCCCGGACAUGCACAACGCCGAGAUCUCCAAACAGCUGGGCCGCCGCUGGAAGACGCUCCCCGAGGCCGAAAAGGUGCCGUUCAUCCGUGAGGCGGAGCGGCUGCGGCUCCAGCACAUGGCCGACUACCCGGACUACAAGUACCGGCCAAAGAAGAAGGCCCGAACCGAGGGCUGCCCCCUGCCCGCCGCGAGAGCUCCUACCCCCAACCCGCUACCCAAACACGCCCCCCCGGUCCACAAGAAGCCCCGCACAGGAAGAGCCGCGGUUGCCAGCGGCAAGAGCGGUUCUCAGGGGCCACAGCACAGGCUCCCUCACCCGGGGCUGGAGGAGCAGAGGCACCGCGUCCCCGAGCACCGGUACUUUGAGGUUGACGAUGAUUCAGACGAUGAAGACUCUGAGGAAGAGCAGGGAUACGUCUCCAUGGCAACUGAGCGACGGCAUUACAAUGUCCACAAGACGCUCACGAGACACAACUCUACCUCCGACCCUGACGAGCCAGACCUUGAUGAUGCUCACUCAGAGGACCUCAGUGAGGACUUCCCUCUUAACCCUGCCCUCUCUGACCCCUGGACCUUGUCUGGCCCCGCCCUCUGCCCACCCUCAAACCCGCUUCUGAGCCUGGACCAGGACUUGGACUUGGAGCUGGACUUGGACUGGUGCAGUGAGGCCUCAGUCCGGUCCCACUUUGAGUUCCCAGACUACAGGACCCACAGGGACUGGCUCCCUGCCCACCUCACAGACCUGGUCUUUAGCUACUGAGGAUCUGGACCAGGCCUUAAACUGACGCUUCACCAGGAGCCGGCUGGUUUUACAGAUGGACGAUAUCUCUAUGAGUUUAUGGACAUCGGUUUCUCUGGACUCCAAAUAUUCGGUUCAGUCAAACUAGAGAUCGGCUGAUACCAAGUCCACACUUUGGAACACUAAUACCUCUAAUACUGUCUGUCUCAGCACAUACACCUCUUUUAGUCCUGGGUCAGUCUUGGUUUAAUCCCA